GAUGCUGAAUGUCUCCGGCCUCUUCAUUCUCCUCUGUGGGCUGCUUGCCUCAUCCUCUGCACAGGAGGUCCUGGCUGGAGUUUCUUCCCAGCUCCUUAAUGAUUUGACUCAAGGACUCCUCAGGGCAGACUUUCUUCCCAGCCUGCAGACAAUCAGCCUCCAGAAAUCAUUGAGUAGUGCCUUCGACGUUGUAUCAGGCCUCCUGGACAUCUUGGGGCCUCCACUCACCAAUGAGAUCGACACUGUUAGGAUACAGGUGAAAAAUCCUCAACUCCUCCAAGUCUCCAUCGAGAGCACCCCUCAAAGAAAGGAGGCCACUGUACGAGUACCAUUCAUAUCUGAGUUGAUCGUGCAGCUCCUGACCUUGAAGCCCUUCACAGCUAAUAUGCAGUCAGAUAUAAAAGUCCAGAUUCGUUUGGAGAAGAAUGUAGGUGGCAGAUAUGAACUUGCCUUUGGGAACUGCAGACUCUUGCCUGAGGCUAUCUGGAUCCAAACUGGAGCCCAACUCGCCCCAGCAGCAAAAUUUGUUGUGGCAAACAUAGAGAGAAACCUGAAAAACAUAGUAGCCCAUGAUAUGGGGCAAAAGGUGUGUCCUGUGAUUAAUAAAUGGCUCUACAACCUGGAGCAGCAUGUGGUUAAAGAAUUGAUUAAUCUGGUCCUGCUGCAGGAAAAGUACCAAGUCACCAUCUAAAUGUCCCCAAAGUGAAGGAGCUAUGUGUGUACCAAUCCG